AUGUCUGUCGCGAGAACCUAUGUGUCACGGUUGAGCACUCGGUGCCCACCGACUCUGAGCCGCUCCACCACAGCCGUCGCCUCGCUUGCAGCACGCCGGACAUUCGCCUCGUCGCAGCCUCCGCGAUCGCAGAGUCCACCGGCACAUCCCAAAGAGAACAGCGACAAGCAGAUGUAUGCAUAUGUCGCCAUUGGCCUUGGAAUUGGCGGUGCCUUUGCUUUCCUGCUCGGCCGCCCGGGAAAGGCUGCCGCGGUCGCGCACGAAACGUCUUCGGUUCCAGGCAGGCAGUCGCUCAAGGGUGGUGAUGAGAAGAAGUAA